AUGGAGGAAAAGCCCACUAUAGGGCGAGAAGCGGCCCUCCGUCUCAAAGCCCUUGCGGAGCAGAAAUACAAUUCCUUAAACCUCAACUCCGCCCUCAAACUCGCCAAGAAGGCCCACCGUCUCUGCCCCAACCUCGAUGGCCUCUCCGAACUCCUGGCUGCCUUCCAAAUUCUCCAAGUCGCCGCCAAACUCUCCGCCAUCGACGACGCGACACCGGACUGGUACAAGAUCCUCCAGGUCGAACCUUUCUCGCCAAUUAACACUAUUAGGAAACAGUACAAGAAACUCGCCCUAAUUCUUCAUCCCGACAAAAAUCCCUUCGCUGCUUCUGAAGAGGCCUUCAAGCUCGUUGGUGAAGCGUUUCGGGUGUUCUCGGAUAGGGUUCAGCGGAAAGAGUAUGAUAUGAAACUGAGAGUCGCUUUACAAUCGAAGGCUACGGAGGGAAGCGCGGGAGGGAGUGAAGUGAAUGCAGACACGUUUUUGACAGCGUGUUCGAGCUGCGGGUCAUUGCAUAAGUUCGACAAGAAGUAUUCGGGGCAUAAUUUGAUGUGUCCGAAUUGUAAGAAGAGCUUUAACGCCGUGGAGGCGUCAGAACUAGACGUGAUUGGAACUAGGUCUAGUGCUAGGAUCAGGGGUAAGGGUGAUAAGGAGCCAGGAUGUGUACAAUUGAAGCGGAAAACUAGUAGUUCUGGAGAAGUAUCGAAAAGUUCAAGGCCAAAUCAGAGGUCAAAAAGUGUUGAGUUGAAUACUGAACCGACUGUUGGUAGUGCAGUGUCUCAAAGGUUAAGGUCUAAGAGGGUUGAUGGAUCGAAAAUUUUGGAUAAGAAAGGGGAAAGGGCUGGUGGGGUCAACGUACCGGAGAAAUCAAAGCCAAAGAGUGUAAAAGUUGAAGAAGAAUCAAUGACUUUGGCUGAAAUGAAAAUGUUAGCAAAACGAAAUGUGCCUGAAGAAAAUAUUAGGCCCAGUACAAAGGGAAAAAGGAGAGAAAACGAGAAGGGGAGUGAGAAGGUGAACGAGAAGGAGAGAGAUGGUGCUGCAAAGGACGGGAUUAUUGUGUAUGUGAGGCGCAAGUAUCUGAAUGGUGGAAAUGCAGAAAUUGAGAAACCUAGAAGGGCGUUGAGAAGUAUGGAUUCAAAGAAGAUAGCAGUUGAGGAUUCAGAAAUUGAGAAACAUGAAAAUGCAUUGAAAGGUACAGAUUCGGGUAAAAUGGCAGUUGUUGAUUCGGACUUCUAUGAUUUUGACAGAGACAGAGAGGAAAGGAGUUUUAAGAAAGGGCAGAUUUGGGCUAUAUAUGAUGACGAUGAUGGAAUGCCAAGGCACUAUGGCUUGAUUGAUGAAGUCAAUUUGGCCAGUCGAUUUGAGUUGCAGAUGAGUUGGUUAGACCUUCAAAGUAAUGGAGACCAGUUGUUGAUUUGUCAGGAGAAAAUGGGAAUUCAUAUUUCUUGCGGGAGAUUUAAAGUUGCGAAGAAGACUUCAAUUAAUUCCGUAAAUAUAUUUUCUCAUCUUGUGGAUGCUGAAAGAGUGGCAAGAGAAGUAUAUUGGAUUUAUCCAAGAAAGGGUUCUAUAUGGGCACUUUAUGAUGAAAAUACUUUGGGAAAUGGAGGAAAUAAUACCAAGGGUAAAGAUAAAAGAAGCUAUGACAUAGUUGUGCUUUUGACAAGUUACAGUGAGAUACAUGGGUUAAGCAUGGCUUACCUUGAGAAGGUUGAUGGAUUCAAAACAGUAUUUAAGAGACGAGAGAUUGGUUGUCGUGCUGUCAGAUGGCUUGAAAAAGACAAUGUCUGGUUGUUUUCUCAUCAGAUUCCAGCGAGGAAGCUUUCUGGCAAAGAGGCCUCAGACCUGUCAAAAGACUGUUGGGAACUUGAUCCAGCCUCCCUUCCUGCUGAACUGCUUUCCGUUGAAUGA